CUCGGUUGACCAGUGGCCAACUAUGCUUCGUCUUCAGCGUACUGUAUUCAUUUACCAGUACUACUAAUUGUCACUAUUCCCCUUUGGAGCAUGAGAACCAAUCACACCGCUUGCCGACAUCUUGUCCCAACUUCCGUUUGAAGGGCGGAGCAAUGUCGCGGACCUAGCUUGACUUUGACCACUUUCGGGUUGAGGCAGCAGACAUGAGUUAUUCGUAUCAAAACAGCACCAGUGCGGAGGCCUACCGCCCAGCCCGUCGCGAUUAUUACGCCGACUCAUCUCACGUUCAAAGCGGCCUACUCAACGCGUUGCCACCAUGGCUCCGGCAAUGGGGUGCCAGACUCCAAACUCGUUGGAUCUCUCCGAUCCUCCACGGAACAGAAAGCUCUCAAGAUAGCAGGCAGCUGAGCGCACGGCCAUGGAGGAUUCUUAGGCACAUUUUCACGAUCACGAAUGGCCUGGCCAUUCUCUGGUUCUUUACGUUAUGGUGGGGGGAACGGACGGUCUUCCAAGAUAGUGUAGACAAAUGUGUUUGGGAAAAUUGGGAGAAAUGGCCCCGAGAUGCAACACCCCACCACGUUGCCUUUAUCGCGGAUCCUCAAUUGGUCGAUCCUCACACCUAUCCCGGUCGACCCUGGCCCUUGUCCACAUUGACAGUGAAGUUCACGGAUCAAUAUCUUCGACGGUCGUUCUCAUCAAUCCAAAGAAGCUUAGGUCCCGACUCGGUGUUGUUUCUGGGUGAUCUUUUUGAUGGAGGAAGGGAGUGGGCAACAGCGCAGAGUUUCAGCCCAGAAAAGCGUUAUCAGAAAUAUAAGGACUCGUUCUGGAAGAAGGAGUAUCAUCGAUUCGUGAAGAUAUUCUCAGAGCAGUGGAACGAGGGUGAUUCGCACUCGGGCAACCCUCGCGGCCGGAGAAUGAUCGCUAGUCUCCCUGGAAAUCAUGAUUUGGGGUUCGGAACUGGGGUUCAGCUGCCUGUCCGUGAUCGAUUUCAGGCAUAUUUUGGCAAAAGCAAUCGUGUUGAUGUUAUCGGAAACCAUACCUUUGUUUCUGUCGAUACCGUUUCACUGAGUGCCAUGGACCAGCCGGACCCGGAGACCGGAAGUUCUGGCUCUGGGGACGGGCAUCCUCCAAAUGAGCGAAUCUGGAAGGAAGCAGAGGACUUCCUCAAUAAUAUGAACGUUCAUCGCGGCAAGGCGGAGACGGAGGAAUUACGGACGAUGAGGAAUCAAAGUGAAGGUCACUUGUUCCACCACAAGGUUGUGGACAUGUCACAGCCUACCCUCCAUCGAGGACUUCAAUCAGAGGUCGUAGGAUUCCCUGCGGUACUACUUACACAUGUUCCGUUAUAUCGCAAGCCGGCGACGCCGUGCGGGCCUUUGCGGGAACGCUACCCACCUUCAUCAGGCGGAUUGGAAGAAGAUGAACGAAAUGCGCUCUCAAUUUCUGCUGGGUACCAAUAUCAAAAUGUCCUUACGCAAACCAUCUCCAAGGACCUAGUCACAAAGGCAGGCCCGAAUCUUAUCCAUGUCUACUCUGGGGACGAUCAUGACUACUGCGAGGUCACCCAUCGCGAGUUUAGCGGUUCCCCCAAAGAGAUUACGGUGAAGAGUCUCUCCUGGGCUAUGGGAGUUCGACAGCCGGGUUUUCUGCUCACCAGUCUCUGGAAUCCUGUUGACCCAGCCACAGGGAAGCCGAGUCACCAAAUGAGUGCUGGCGCUACUUUGCAAAAUCACCUCUGUAUCCUACCGGAUCAGAUAUCCAUUUUUAUUCGUUAUGGCCUUCUAUUCGGUAUUACCCUUGCUAUUCUUCUCGCACGAGCCUUCAUCCUUGUGCUUUACUUCCCCUCAGCGGACCCCUCCACUCCGAUCCUUCCCCUCUCUGAGUUCCGCCCUUCCCUCCACGUACACACAGGCAAGAUCCCAAGCUCCAGUACCUCCAGCUCCACGUUUCCAUCGCCAGGCGGCUUAGCGAGCCGUAUCGCCAACGCACCCCCUCGAUACUCUCAAGCCUACAGUGAUACUAAUCUCGAUGACGUGGACAAUGCGAAGUGGAAAGCAAGGGUCCCUGCUCCCCGGGGAAUCCGGGGGGAAUUUAUCGACUCUGUUAAAUAUGUCGCUACAAUUGUGUUUGCAUGGUAUUUCUUUUUGAUCUGGAGGUGGUAGAUACCGGAUCGGAAGAGGCGAAAAGUCUUCAACCUGGGAUUGUACAUAGGAAUAGCGUGUCUGAUCUUUAUUUAUAUUGCAUGGAGGACCUGGGACUGGAUUUUAGGGUUCGCCCUUUGUUUGUCUGAAUAAAUAUACGUAUAUAUAUACCAAUCCGUCAUUCCCUUGACUCCAAACUGGGGUAAUCCCCCAGAAUCAUGCGAUUCAAGCAGCCGUAAGAUAUUUUUCUCUGUUCUUGUCUUAGGUGAGAAGUUGUGUUUCACCUUGAGAGAGUAACCAUGGAUCCACCCCAUAGUCAAUAAUUGUCUAAAAAAGUCAAAUGCCAUUUUAGUUUCCUUCCUCAUCC